AUGGACUGGCAAAAGCUCUUCUCCGCUUUGGAGGAGUCAUAUAGCAACCUAACGACGCUUCAAGACCGCUUGGGUGCAACAGAUGGCGAAAAGACGGCGCGAAAUGAGGAUAUCCUCAAUGCUCUAUCAUCGACCUUUCAGAAACACGUCGAUGAAUUACAAUCAGAAUGCGCAGUAAUAGAGUCUGAAUGCCAAACAUUGGUAAAGAGCAUGAUGGAUAUGAACCUUGAGAUGGGAAACACGGGUCCGGGACGUGAUGAGGAUGUGUUUGGAAGUGCGGACAUUGGUGUGGAGGUCAAGGGACCACUAAGGCAGGCGCUGAGAGUAUUUGAGAUUGAGCAUAAGAAGAUCGCGGAAGUGCAUACCGAGAGGGUAGAGGUUGUAGAUUUACUGUACAAGCAGCUUGAUACGUUUUCAGGCUACCUUGCCCCGUCAUUCGUCAAUUUUCAGCCAUCAACAACGCCGUACGAAGACCUCUCCCUCGCCAGAAUUUCAUUCCUUGAGUCAGAAGUCGCGCGCUGUUCGCUUGAGCUCAACCGUCGCAGAACACGCAUACAAUCGCUUGCGAAGGAGAUCGUAGGGCUAUGGACGGAUCUGGGAACGGAGGUGCGCGAAAUAGGUGUGGAGUUCGACAUCAGGAUUCUCGACUGCUGGAAGGAUAGAGCUGAAGACUUGGGUGUUGGCGAGAGUGAUGUGCAAAGGUUGGAGAUGAAACGCGACCAACUUGCCCGUCAGAAGGAGGAGAGGAGGCAGAGGUUAGAUGAACUGAAGGCUGCGAUUGAACCACUCUGGGCCAAACUUGCCUUGCCAGAGGAAGGGAUCCAGGCUUUCACUCGCUCGCAUCGUGGCUUUUCCCUCACCGUCAUCGAAGGUUACGAGCUUGAGUACAGGAGAUUGGAAGAACUCAAAAGACAGAACAUUCACCUCUUCGUGAAAGACUGCCGACGACAACUCGAGACCCUGUGGGAGCAGCUUUACUUUUCCGAUGAGGAGAAUAAUGAGUUUGAGCCCGCGUUCACGGACAUCUUCACCGACGCGUCUUUGGCGGCACAUGAAGGGGAGGUGCAGAGGUUAGAGCAGCUUUACGAGGCCAAUGCUCCGAUCUACGCUCUUAUCUCUCAACACGAAGCACUGGUUGCCGAGAAGCACGCCUUGGAUGAGGCGCAGAAAGACUCUUCACGCUUGUUGGCCAAGGGACCUAAGCGUGUUAACCUGCUCGAAGAAGAGCGACAGAGGAAGAGGUUGGAGAAGAUGCUGCCGAAGGUUGAGGGUGAGCUGCGCGAAGCACUUGCGGCUUAUGAGGUGGAGCAUAGACGGGUGUUUAUGGUGAGAGGGGAGAGGUACCUUGACGUGCUUGGGACAGAGCAGCACGCUGCGAAGGUAGACAAGAGGCUUAGGGCACUGGCUGCUCCUGCUUCGACGGGUAGCGCCCCGAGUACACCGAGGAAGACUGCACCGCGCGGGGUAAUGGGAACUCCAUCAGGCAAGACUCCUGCGACAGUGAGGAGAUUGGAGACCAAGCCUGUUACCGCAGGGCGAACGGUCGGUACCAGCAUGCUCCGCCAAGCUUUCGACCAUCGCGGACCAAGUCCAUCCAAGUCUAGGACAUUGACUGACCGAGACAUCAAUGCUCGUCCAGGUAGCGGCCAUGGACAUGUACGUACUCAGUCAGCUUUAUCGGGUAAGCUCACUGCGGGUUUGCGAGCGCCCGGUGUGACGGGAACGAUGAGGAGGGUUGUCAGCAGUCCGGACAAAGUUCCUACCCAAAUCCCGAACUUCGUACGCGAACCACCCCCGAAAAUGGUGUUCGACAGGGAGCAGGAUAUGAGGAGCAUGAGGACGCCGAGCUCGAGCACGAGUCGGACAAGUGUUGAGAGUGACGCUUUUCCAAGGAGCGGGGAUGCGCUGGAAGAGAUUCACGAGGGUGACUUGACGAUGACGAGUGAGUGGGACGACGAGGGAUUCUAA